AUACGAUUAAUUCAACUAAGACGGUUGAAGUUAAAAGCAGUUAAAAGGAAUACGCUAGACGCACCCCAGCAAAUCAUAAACAGUCAAACUGUGGGGCUCAGGAGCUUUUUUUCUUCCUCCUCAAGGAAUGUAUUAUCCGGUACGUAUAUAGUUAUUUUGUUGGACCACGUGGUGCAGGCCGGUGUUGCGCCAUUUCCAGGCGCUCCGACUGGCUAUCCGUCCACCGGUGCGCAGGUAGGCGCUGCCAAUCCUGACAGCCUAUCCAUGGGAGUAGCGGCCAUCAAAACUGAUCCGGUCUCGCAAAUAAAGUCUGAGAGUGGAACGCAGGUCUCGGGAAGUACAAAUGUAGCCACAUCGGUCGCUGGUGUGCAGCUUUAUAUGCAACAGAAGAAGACAAAUCUGCCAACGGUGACAUCGCAGUUCAACGGCUGCAAUGUUUCCAUCACAUCACCUACAGCUGUAACUACGACGAGAGAGCUAAUUGUGAAUUCUCCUUUGUUAAGUGGUAUUCCGGCGCAACAGCAUAAUGGCGGACUUGGAAUUGCGCUCAGCAAUGGAUUGUCGCCCACCCUUAAUAGCUUAGAACACAAUCAUCAACAGAUGCAACAACAGCAAUUGAAUUUGCUACAACAUCAUCGAGCGAAUAUCCACCACAAACACCAAAUGCUACAGCAACCAUCGCAACAAGUACCAAAGUUGCUAACGCAGUCACAACCGUCGACACCGACUCCGACGUCGACGCCGGUGCCAACACCAACAUUGACGAUUACAUCACCACCGCCGCAACCGCAAAGUAUUGUUCUAUCUUCAGUAUUGACCAAAAAUGACACAGAGUCCAAUGCCACCCAGCAACAACAGUGCAGUGCAAACAGCUCUGGUGGAGGGUCCGGUGGUGGAGGGAGCAGCAUGACGUCGAUUGCCAACAAUUCUGGAACUGUGGGAUCUACAGUAACAGCCACAAUUAGUAACAGUCCAAAUAGUUGCAUAAGUAAUCAGAACCAACCUACAAACGGGAACAGUGUAGCUAGUGGAGUAGUCUCGUCAGGAGACAUCUCUGCUGCCGCAAAUGGCGCCCCCACAUCCUCGCCCACCAUCGCAUCUGGAAACUCAGAAGAAUUGCUAGGAAACACCCACCAACAACAUCUCAUGAGUAGUAUGGGAGGCAGUCAAGUCGUUGUCGGUACCGCAACAACUUCCACCACCUCUACAGCAGCUGCUUCCGGCGCACUAGUCUCAACAAGCACUGCUGCCAAUGUCGCCAACAGUGGUUUGUUACCUACUAUCAUGUCCACCUCACAGUUGGUUCCCGGUUCGAUUGACUCUGAUUCGGUUGUAUCGCCAUUGGUAAGCGGAGCGAACACUUCCCAAGUCAUUGCCUGCCUCAACGCAGGCGGUGUUGGUGCAAGUGGUGGAAUCAUGACUUCUGCCGUGCCAUCGACCCCCGUUGCCACCAGUCUCACUUCAGCCCUAGUCCCACUAAAUCAACAACAGCAACAGCAAACUAUCAUUGAUUCCAAAAAUCAACCGAAACGUUUACACGUUUCGAAUAUACCUUUCAGAUUCCGAGAUCCUGACUUACGCGCCAUGUUUGGGCAAUUUGGAACUAUAUUGGAUGUGGAAAUAAUUUUCAAUGAACGUGGCAGUAAGGGCUUUGGCUUUGUAACGUUCGCAAAUAGCAGCGACGCUGAACGGGCUCGCGAACGUCUUCACGGCACUGUGGUAGAGGGACGUAAAAUCGAGGUGAAUAACGCUACAGCUCGAGUACAAACCAAAAAAGUAACUGCUGUUCCAAAUGUUGUACUGACAAAAGACGGUGCCGUACCGGCUCCAGCUCUAGUGUGUGUUCAAUGGCCAGAAGCCACUGUAGCAGCCGCUGCCGCCAUGCGUGGCGUCGCAAUCCAUCGCGGACAUAUGGGAGUUGUAGGUGGACCAUUCAACCCCACCUUAGCCGCAGUUGCUGUAGCCGCACAGCAGCAACAACACCACCAUCACCAGGCACACCAUCAUCCGCAUCAUGCACAACAAACCGCACACCACCAAUUAGGAUUGCAACAGGCAUUGCAGGUGCAAUCAGCAGGCGCCGCUAACCAAGCUCACGCCGUUGCUGCGAUUCAGUCCAGUGCCGCUCAACAACAACUGCACUCAAUAGCCCAUUCAGCAGCCGCCGUUGCAGCCAACACGCCUCAGGUAGCUAACGCCGCAGCUGCUGCCUAUGCCGCACGUUUAGGCGCCACAGGCGCAGCUACUCCAUCGCCAUCCGCUGCAGCUGCUGCAUCCAUAGCCGCCGCGGCAAAUGCAGCAGCCGCAGCCAGUGCGGCUGGCACCGCUUUACACGGAUUCACACCAGUUUACUACGAUCCCUUCCUAGCUGCUGCUGCAGCUUCCGCUGAUCCGAAUCUGCGAUUCCAGGCAGCCAAACCGGUCGCAGAAGUUCCAGCCGCUCAGCCAGCAGCCAUAUUAAAUCGCCGCACUGUGACAACGCUAAACAGUUCCCCACAUACGAUCAACCGCAUUCCGGUACCACAAAACGUUUUGGCUACAGCUCCGCUUCUAAAGACACCACUGUCACAAGCACAACAGGCGUACGCAACAGCCGCCACCACCUACACAGCGGUGGCCGCUAGGGCGGCAUAUGGCGCUGCAGCUGCCGCCGCACAGCCGGCAUUAGCCGGUUACGCUACUGUUGCUGGAUAUGCAACAAGGGAGUACCCGGAUCCCUAUUUAGGACAUGGAAUCGGACCAGUGCCUGGCUAUGGUGCAACCAUGUAUCGAGGUGGAUUCAAUCGUUUUGCACCAUAUUAGUGAGAGAAAUUGUCAAUGUUACGAGUGUCUGCUGACUGGAAGUCAUCGCAACUAUGCUCAACUCUUACAAAUUCGCUCAAUAUUUUGCACAUCAUAAGGAACCAAAUGAAAAUAUAUUAUAUAAGGAAAAAGAUUUUAUGUUAUAUUAGGAAGAAAAUGAAAUCGUCGAAAUGCUCAAGAAAUAAUGCAAUUUUUAAUUAGCAACCAAAAAUACUCAUGCUAAGCGUAAAAACAAUGAGAUUAAAUCAAAUAUUCAAAGUAUACAACAAAAACAGUUAAAGAUUAUCACAUAUACAUACAUAUAUUUAAGAAAAAGGUAUUGCGCUAAAACAAUAUCAACAAUUUAAAAAUUUAAUAAAAGAAAUGAGUAGUGGUUAAAUUGAAUGUCGUCCAACCAAUAUUUAAAAAUAUGAUAAAUACGUACAUACAAAUAUCUACUAGUAAAUGAGAAAACAUAAGCCAAAAUAAUAUUACAAACUAAUUUCCAAAUCCAAAUAAUAAGAGAAUGCCCAGGUUUGGCUAAAUAUUUUAGCUGAUUACCAUUUAUAUGAAUUUGAUAGUUGUUAAAAUAUGAAUAUUAUAGAGAAUAUUCAUAAAAAACAAAGUCUCCUCUUUCUUUAAUUUGUGCAUAAGCAGUGUAUACAGUGUUUUGUGUAUUCAAAUUAUUAUGGGGAAAAUAUAGAUGUGCAUUAGUUUGUGCAUAUACAUUAUGUCAUUAAUAUCACACGUAUACUUAUAAGAAGUAUAAAACAUGAGAUUAUUUCAACUUACUUAUUUGAAUUUACUGAUUCAAUAAUUUUUAUACCAUACUCCUCAUAAGUUCUUAAAAACAACAUUUCAAGACGACCUAUAAUAUCUAAAAAAUAUAAAUCGUAAUGACACAUUGUCAUUUAAAAUAUGAAUAUAUUUUACUUCAUCACUUAUUGAUUUCCCAUCGGCAGCUUGUUUACAACAAUGGCUUUAUUCAAAUAUCUAUUUAUUUGAAUUCGUAAAGAAGCAAAAAUCAAUGCGAUAAAAAAUCGACACUUAGACAUAUCCUAAUUAAAAAAAUAAUAAUGAUUUGAAUAUUUAAAAAAAAAAAUAAAAGUUUCUCUAUUAAAUAUAAAUAUUCAAAGUACUUGAAUAUUAUUGCAAAAAAGUGUUGUAUUUACUUGUGAUAAAAAUACAAAGAAGUGAAUAACUGAAAAAUCACUUCCAUUAUGAUUUAAUUUUCCAAACAACUGUACUCAAUGUAUGUACUCCGAUAUGCAAUCAAAGACCUUCCUGAAAUAAUUAGAAAUGGUCUAUAUAUAGAGUUACUUGAAAAAGUAUUUGAUCAUGAAAUAACGACAUAAGUAAAAGUUUAUAUAGAGUUAUUUAAAUGUUUACGAGUGCAGCUAUGAUAUAACAAAUUUUGAAAAAUCAAUUAAACAAAUAAUAAUUUGUUUUUAAAUUUAUAAAUGUAAAUUUCUGAAAAGACCGAACCAAAAUUAUUGUACGUAUCUUAAUAAGUGUGUUUGGGCUUUGCUUUCGCACAAUUUAAACAAAUAUCCAAACUCUUCCGAUACAUCGUUGAAGGACACUCAAAGUGGAUGAAAUUUUGCUCAAAUUAUUGUCAUACAUAAAAUAUUGAGAUAUACCAUAUUGUAUCCUUGAAUCUGAGUUGGGAUAAUUAUAUGUCCAACUAGGGUAUUUUUAUAAAUAUUUUCGUUGACGUCGUUCAGCUAAGAGCAUAUUGUAGGAUUGCUAUUGAAUUUGUUGACACACAAAAUGUUUUUAAAAGAUACAAGUAAAACGCAAAAACAAACGGAUUAGCACAAGUAGGAUCAAAAUAUACGCAUACAAAACUUCUCUACAAAUUAUUUUAAUUGUGAAGUAAAAGUAUACGUACAUCAAUAUAAUAAUACAAUUUGUACAAGUACAUUUUAAGAGUUGAACAAUUUAAACGACCAAAACCAAAAUUUAGAAGUAUCAAAAAGUAUUUAUGCAUCACGCAAAAAUUCGCGCAAAUUAUUAGUGUAAGAUGAUGUUUAUGAAUUAUUAUGAAUGGCGACACACAUGUUAUUGACAAACUACUUAAACCGAUCUUAGUUUGCAAUGUCGUUUGUUAAGUAACGCCAAUUAAAAAAACGCUAAGAUCCAAAAACUCUAAAUUUCAUUGAAUUUUUUUACUAAUAAUAUUUUAUUUUGUUUUUAUAAAUAACUUUACUUGAAGCCAAAGCCUAACAUUUAGUUAAACGAUCUAAAUAUUUAGUUUGUAGUAUGAUUACUUUAGUUUAUAGUUUUAAAUGUUUCACAAUUUCAUAAUGAAUUUUCAAAAUCACAUCAUCGAAUGUAAUGCAUUCGAAAAAUUAUUCUUUGAAUUUAUUUGAGCUUUAUUUAAGCAGUAAUAGCAAUUUAAAGGCAAAAAUUAUAUUAAAACUUGGUACAUAUAUAUAUAUAUACCCUAAUUAAAAGUGAAAUCAAAUCCAUUUAUUGCCAAAUAAAUAGCUUUUAAUUGAAAAAGGAAAAUAAGGAAUUAAAGAAAAAAAAAUAAAUCUAAAAAGUCCCAAAUAGAAUUAAAUUUAAUAAUGAUAUAUGUUAAAUCAAAUUUGCGCAAUGGACUUUAAAAACUAUUGCUCCGUUCAACAUCUUGAAAGCUUAGAUUUGAAUGUUUCGUUAUUUGGACUAUUAAUUUUUAUAUGGAAACUUUUAACUUAAAACUCAAACGGAACUUGGAAUAUUUAUUAAUGAGCAUUCUCGUCAAUAUGUGUAAGAUUUUUCACCAUCGCAAUCGAUUCAGUGUUCAUCAAGAAUGAAUAGUACCAAACAAAUGUGAAUAAUAUUUCUGAACUCUGUUAAAAGCUGCACGUCACAAUUUUAAAGAUAUGUAUUCUAGACUUCAAGCAAAUUGAAAUCGGUAUCUAGUUCUAAGAAUAUUUUGAAAUAUCUAAACAUGUAUUGCGUGGAAUGCAUAUUCUUAAAAAAAAAAUAUAAAAAAAUUCAAGUUAUGAGUGAACAAAUCGUGAAAAUUAAAAAAAAGGCUCAAAAUAAUUGCUACUAAUGCAAACCAAAAGAUAUAUAAUACUCAUGUAGACAUAGCAUUAGACGUUAAUUCAGAAAAUGUAGAUUUCAAGUGAUUUAAAUUGAAUAUAAUUAAAUUACACAGAGAAAUAUUUUGUAGUAAAAGUGUGUAAAAUCAUGCAGUAAAAUUAAUAAAUAGAAAAACAUCUAAAAGAACAGGGUGAACGAGCAUAUUAAUGAAAGUAUCAUAGAAUUGUGAAAAUUACUUAAAUGUUAGAUAAAAAAUACAAAUGUGCUGAAUUAAGAAUGUUUGUUCAACAUUUUAUUAAAAUAGUAGAUUGCAAUUGCAAACAUAUUAAAAAUAUGGAUUAUGAAUAAUAAAUAAAUUUAGAGCGUAAAAUGUGCCAAAUUGUAAAAAAUGUUAUAUUGUACUUCGUCAUAUCUAUUGUGUCCCCAUAGCUGUAUGAAUCGGCAAAAACGCUGAUAUAUUUUUCGGCUAUUUUACCUUUGCAAUUACUCAACAAUUAAAAAUGCAUUAUAAAAUGUAUUACAUUUUCUUAAUUAAGUCCUUAUAUUUUCACAUCUACUCUUGUUUAACUUAUUUCAACAUAUGUAUAUGUAGCAUAUGAAAAUCAUACACAUAAAUUAUUUGAAUCAAACUCCUUAAAAUAAAUCAUACAAAUUAUAAAUAAUUUAAAAUAAUGAAGACUUUGUAAGUAAUCAUGUGCUAAUAAGGAUAAGGCACAGAAUUCACAAAAUGAAUUUGCGAACAACUGAAAAAAGCCUAAACAACAUUUUAAAUAACUUUUGCGUAUAAUGACACAAUAAAUAAUUUUGUUCCCAAUUGCUAUUGGUCCUAUAUCA